AGCAGCGGUGAACCUUUUUGAUUCUUCAACCAGAGAUGUAAAUAAAGAACAAGCUUGACAGUGAAGAUGUCACACAAAAACUUCGGGCGAACCACUCCACUCAAACGCAGACUGCUUGUUCUGAGCGAGCCGUAGAGCUUUUACAUAGAUCUGAAAUUCGGACAUCCACCGUUGCCAUCUCUAACUAAUCAACAUUCUCCCUCCAUCUUAUCUUCUACUGCUGAAUUUGCCGUUCUAAAGCAAAACCCUUCAUUUUAAACUUGAAAGUGAAAACAAAAACUGAGUUUUACUUCUCCUUGUAGUUUCAGAACUUUACACAGCCACCACCUAUUUAUAUCUCCACCACCUCCAAAGAACCUACCAACCUUCUCAUCUCUUUCUUUUCUUUUCUCAACUACUUGAGAGAAAGAGAGGGAAAAAAAACAAUGUAUAGACAUUUCAGGCUUAUUAGUACUCUAAUUUCCUUCUUUUUUCUCUUCCUGGCUCUUUCAUCUUGCAAUGUUUGUUUCGCCGAAAGCGGUCAAAAUUCCGGCAAGUCUUCGGCCGGAGAAAACCCAUUUACGGCUAAAGCUUUCGUCAUCCGUUACUGGAGAAAACAAGUAUCCAACAAUCUACCCAAACCAUCUUUCCUUGUUUCCAAGGCCUCUCCAUUAAACGCCGUCGACUCGGCACUUCUCACCAAACUCGCCGACCAAAAUGCUCUUUCUUCUCACUUUUCCUCCUUCUGUUCCUCUGCCAAUAUGUUUUGCUUCCCUGAUAUAUCUCCGAGCUUGGAGAAGCAUGACAAAGAUGCCAACUUCGCUUCCUAUUCGAAUAUCAACUUCACUAACUAUGGAACUUCUCGUGCCGGCGGGAUGGACUCAUUCAAGAACUAUUCGGAUAACUUCGGAGGGCCCAUAGACUCGUUCAGGCGCUACAGCCGAGACUCUGCCGGCCACGACGACAAGUUUGCAAAUUAUGCCCCUAACAACAACGUCAUCGAACAGGAUUUCAACACCUACGGCGUUAGCGCCACCGGUGGUACGGGUGAGUUCAAAAACUACAUGAACGAAGGAGUGAACGUCCCGAACCUCCGGUUCUCUACGUAUGAAUCAGAUGCUAACGGCCGCGAACAAUCCUUCUCAAGCUAUACGGACGAGGCAAACGCAGGGGACGAAUCGUUCUCCAGCUACGGAAACAACGGCAACGGUCUGCCACUCGAGUUCAAGAGCUACGGCAAGGACUCUAACGUCAUGGGGUCGUCCUUUAAGGCCUAUGGCGAGGAGGGUAAUGGCGCAAAUGACUCGUUCACUUCUUACGGUGUGAACGGCAACGUACCUGAGAACAAAUUCGUUAGCUACGGCGACGGUGGAAACGCCGGGGUCGAUAGUUUCUCCACUUACAGAGAUCAAUCAAAUGUGGGUGACGACUCCUUCCAAUCUUACGCCAAGAAUUCGAACUCAGCCAAGGUCAAUUUUGCUAAUUACGGAAAAUCUUUCAAUGAGGGUAGCGAUACGUUCAAGGGCUAUGGAAAGGGAGCAGUGGGUCAGGCGAUAGGCUUCAAGACGUACGGCGUCAACAACACAUUCAAGGACUACGAUAACAAGAAGGCAAUCAGUUUCGCCGCUUACACAAACCCAAGCUCUGCGAAAGCCACUUCUUCCUUGGUGGGAAGUAAGAAACCCACGAACAAAUGGUUGGCGGAACCUGGUAAAUUCUUUCGCGAGUCGAUGCUCAAGGAGGGCAUAGUCAUGCCGAUGCCGGACAUCAGAGACAAGAUGCCCCCAAGAUCAUUCUUGCCCCGUUCCAUUACGUCCAAAUUGCCAUUCUCGAGCUCUCGCAUUUCGGAGCUGAAACAGAUCUUCCACGCCGCUGAGAACUCAACAAUGGAGAGAGUUCUGCAGAACACGCUGGAGGAGUGCGAGAGGGCUCCGAGCAGGGGCGAGACCAAGAAAUGCGUGGGCUCGCUCGAAGGCAUGAUCGACUUCGCUGUGUCGGUUUUGGGCCACAAUGUGGUGGUUAGGAGUACGGAAAACGUGAAUGGGUCGACGAAAAACGUAAUGAUCGGAGCAGUGAAAGGGAUCAACGGUGGACGAGUGACCAAAUCAGUGUCGUGUCAUCAGAGCCUGUUUCCUUACCUGGUCUAUUACUGUCACUCUGUUCCUAAAGUUCGGGUUUACGAGGCUGACAUACUUGACGCCAAUAGCAAGGCCAAGAUCAACAACGGAGUUGCCAUCUGUCACAUUGACACGUCAGCUUGGAGCCCAGGACAUGGAGCCUUUAUCUCCCUGGGGUCGAGCCCUGGGAAGAUAGAGGUCUGUCAUUGGAUCUUCGAGAACGAUAUGACCUGGACCGUUGCUGAUUAAUUAAUAAGUUUGAAGUUUCCCCUAAAAACUAUUUCCUUUCUUCUAUAUUUUUCUUUUCUGAUGUCGGUACUUGGUAGACUAUAAAUAUGGGUGAUGGGGAUAGGGUCAAUGCCGAACCCAUGAUCUGAAUAAUGGAGCAAUGGGCUGGACCCGAGGCUACCCAAAUUAAAUAAUAUGUCCGAAUAAGUACUAAGUAGGUUUUUUUUUUUUUUCUUUUUUGGAUGAAUCGAGUAAAGUUGGAUUUGGAGCA